AGGAGCACGGGGUGACCCUGAGGUAAGCACCGGCUGAUGCCACACGCCCUUACCUGCCUGCCCCUGGCCUGGCUGGAGCCUCAUGCCCUGGUCUCUCCCUGGCAGGCAGCAAGACUCCAGAGGAAGGGUGUGAGCCCUGCAGACGGCUGCACGGCACCCCGGGCUGGGCUCCUGCUAGGAGGGGGUGCCUGCGCCCAGGCAGCGGCUCAGAGGCAGCUGCUCCAUGCAGAACUGAAGCUGGUCCUGCAGCAGAAGGGGGAGAGGAAGCAGGAGCCUGGGGCCUGCGUGACUCCCAGCAGCACCAUGGAGGCCAGGAGCCGCAGUGCUGAGGAGCUGAGGAGGGCAGAAUUGGUGGAGAUCAUCGUGGAGACCGAGGCGCAGACCGGAGUCAGCGGCAUCAACGUAAGCGGCGGUGGCAAGGAGGGAAUCUUCAUCCGCGAGCUGCGUGAGGACUCGCCUGCCGCCAGGAGCCUCAGCUUACAGGAAGGGGACCAGCUGCUCAGCGCCCGCGUGUUUUUUGAGAACUUCAAGUACGAGGACGCUCUACGCCUGCUGCAAUGUGCGGAGCCCUACAAGGUCUCCUUCUGCCUGAAGCGCACUGUGCCCACUGGGGACCUGGCGCUGCGGCCCGGGACUGUGGCUGGCUACGAGAUCAAGGGCCCCCGGGCCAAGGUGGCCAAGCUGAACAUCCAGAGUCUCUCCCCUGUGAAGAAGAAGAAGAAGGUGGUGGUGCCUGGGGUCAUGGGGGCCCCUGCAGACCUGGCCCCUGUUGACGUCGAAUUCUCCUUUCCUAAGUUCUCUCGGCUGCGUCGGGGCCUUAAAGUCGAUGCCGUCAAGGGCCCUGUCCCAGCUGUCCCCGCCCGCCGGCGCCUCCAGCUGCCCCGGCUUCGGGUACGAGAAGUGGCUGAGGAGACUCGGGCAGCCCGGCUGGCCGCUGCCGCUCCUCCCCACAGAAAGGCCAAGGCUGAGGCUGAGGUGGCAGCGGGAGCCCGCUUCACAGCCCCCCAGGUGGAGCUGGUGGGGCUGCCAGGCGUCGAGGUGGGUGUCCCCCAGGUCUCAGCCCCCAAGGGGCCAGGGGAGGUGGCUCCCUCAGCCGUGGGGAUUCAGGUCCCCCAAGUGGAGCUGCCUCCUUUGCCUUCACUACCUACUCUGCCCACACUUCCCUGUCUGGAGAUCCGGGAAGGUGCUGUGGCAGUGACGAUGCCCACUCUGGACGUGGCAGCACCUACCGUGGGGGUGGACCUGGCCUUGCCCGGCACAGAAGUGGAGGCUCGGGAAGAGGCACCUGAGGUGGCCCUGAAGAUGCCCCGCCUCAGUUUCCCCCGCUUUGGGGCUCGGGCAAAGGAAGUUGCUGAGGGCAAGGUGGCCAAGGAGAGCUCUGAGGCCAGGGUGAAGGGGCCCAGACUUCGAAUGCCCACCUUUGGGCUGUCUCUGUUGGAGCCCCGGCCUGCUGCCCCUGAAGCUGUGGUCGAGAGCAAGCUGAAGCUGCCUACCAUCAAGAUGCCCUCCUUUGGUAUCGGGGUGUCAGGGCCUGAGGUCAAGGUGCCCAAGGGGCCUGAGGUGAAGCUCCUCAAGGCGCCUGACAUCAAGCUCCCGAAAGUGCCCGAGGCGGCCCUGCCCGAGGUGCGACUCCCGCAGGUGGAGCUCCCAAAAGUUUCCGAGAUGAAAGUCCCAGAGGUGAAACUCCCCAAGGUGCCGGAGAUGGCUGUGCCCGACGUGCGGCUUCCAGAAGUGCAGCUGCCGAAAGUCCCCGAGAUGGAGGUCCCUGAGAUGAAACUCCCGAAGGUGCCUGAGAUGAAGCUCCCUGAGGUGAAACUCCCCAAGGUGCCCGAAAUGGCCGUGCCCGAAGUGCACCUCCCGGAAGUGCAGCUCCCGAAGGUUCCGGAAAUGAAGCUCCCUGAGGUGAAGCUCCCCGAGGUGAAGCUCCCCAAGGUGCCCGAGAUGGCCGUGCCCGACGUGCGCCUCCCUGAAGUGCAGCUCCCGAAAGUUCCGGAAAUGAAGCUCCCCGAGGUGAAGCUCCCCAAGGUGCCCGAGAUGGCUGUGCCUGAUGUGCGCCUCCCGGAAGUGCAGCUCCCGAAAGCUCCGGAAAUGAAGCUCCCGAAGGUGCCCGAGAUGGCUGUGCCUGCAGUGCGCCUCCCGGAGGUGCAGCUGCCAAAGGUGUCCGAGAUGAAACUCCCCAAGGUGCCCGAGAUGGCCGUUCCGGAUGUGCGCCUCCCAGAAGUGCAGCUGCCAAAAGUCUCAGAGAUGAAAGUCCCCGACGUGAAACUCCCCGAGAUGAAGUUCCCGGAGAUAAAGCUCCCCAAAGUGCCGGAGAUGACUGUGCCUGAUGUGCCCCGCCUGGAGGUGCAGCUUCCAGAAAUGCCCAAGGUUCCAGAUGUCUGUCUUCCGAAGGCCCCGGAGGUGAAGCCGCCCAAGGCUCCAGAGGUGCAGCUCAAAGGUGCCGGGGCCGAGAACGCUGAAUUUGGCCUCAAGAUGCCCAAGAUGACCAUGCCCAAGCUGGGGAGGCCAGAGUCCCCGCCACGAGGCAAGCCAGGCGAGGCCGGCACUGAGGUCUCGGGGAAGCUGGUGACACUUCCCUGUCUGCAGCCAGAAGUGGGCGGUGAGGCUCGCGUGGGUGCCCCCUCCUUCACACUGCCCUCGGUGGAGCUGGACCUGCCAGGGGCCCUUGGCUUGGAGGGCCAGGUGGAGCGGGCAGAGGGCCCUGGGGUGGCAGCAGGGGUGGGGGAAGCAGGCUUCCGGGUGCCCUCUGUUGAGCUUGUCGUUCCACAGCUGCCCACAGUGGAGGUUGAGGAAGGGCGGCUGGAGGCAAUGGAGAUGAAAGUCAAAUCCUCCUCCAAGUUCUCCCUGCCCAAGUUUGGACUCUCAGGGCCAAAGAUGGCCAAGGCGGAGGCUGAAGGGGCUGGGCGAGCCACCAAGCUGAAGGUAUCCAAGUUCGCCAUCUCGCUCCCCAAGGCUCGGGUGGGGACCGAGGCUGAGGCCAAAGGGGCAGGGGAGGCAGGCCUGCUGCCUGCGCUUGAUCUGUCCAUCCCACAGCUCAGUCUGGAUGCCCAUUUGCCCACGGGCAAGGUGGAGGUGGCAGGGGCCGACAUCAAGCUCAAGGGCUCCAGGUUUGCCCUGCCCAAGUUUGGGGUCAGAGGCCGGGACACUGAGGCUGGAGAUCUUGGGUCAGGGUCGGCCGAGCUUGAGGGUAAGGGCCGGGGCUGGGAUGGGAAGGUAAAGAUGCCCAAGCUGAAAAUGCCGUCCUUUGGGUUGGCUCGGGGGAAAGAAGCAGAAGUCCAGGGUGGGCGUGCCAGCCCAGGGGAAAAGCCAGAGUCCACAGCCAGGCAUCUUAAGCUUCCCGAGGUGGAGCUGGCCACGCCGGGGACCGAGGAGGAAGGGCGGGCUGAGGGGGCAGCAGCUGUUAGCCGGGCGUGGCUGUCAGGCCUGCAGGUCUCCACGAGCAGGCAGGUGGGCACUGAGGGCCAGGAGGGGGCGCCGAGGAUGCGCUCACUGGGCAUCUCCCUGCCCCAAGUGGAGCUGACCAGCUUUGGGGAGGUGGGACUGGGUACCACCUCAGGGCAGCAGGCUGAAGGUACAACCCCUUCAGCAGAGGGCACAGCAGGCUACAGGGUCCAGUUGCCUCAGGUGACCUUGUCCCUACCUGGAACCCAGGUGGCCGGUGGUGAGCUACUGGUGGGUGAGGGUGUCUUCAAGAUGCCUGCUGUAACCAUGCCCCAGCUUGAGUUGGAUGUGGGGUUGAGCCGUGAGGCACAGGUGGGCGAAGCAGCCACAGGCGAGGGUGGGCUGAGGCUGAAGGUUCCCACGCUGGGGGCAGGAGCUGGGGCGGGGGCAGAGGGGACUCAGGAGCAGUCUGUAGGGGCCGAGCACGCCUUCCGCCUCUCACUUCCCAACGUGGAGCUCUCACCACCCACCGUGGGCAGCCACGCCGAGUACCAGGUGGCAGAGGGCGAAGGGGACGCCGGGCACAAGCUUAAGGUGCGGCUACCCCGGUUUGGCCUGGUGCGAGCCAAGGAGGGGGCCGAGGAGGGAGAGAAGGUCAAGAGCCCAAAACUCAGGCUGCCCCGCGUGGGCUUCAGCCAGGGCGAGGAAGCCGCUGGGGAGGGCUCCCCCAGCCCUGAGGAGGAAGAAGAAGAGGGCACAGGGGAAAGAGCCUCAGGGCGUCGAGGCCGGGUACGCGUCCGCCUGCCCCGUGUGGCCCUAGCUGCCCCUUCCAAGGCCUCCAGGGGACAGGAGGGCGAGGCAGUUCCCAAGUCCCCUAGUGGGGAGAAGUCUCCCAAGUUCCGCUUCCCCAGGGUGUCCCUGAGCCCCAAGGCUCGGAGUGGGGACCAGGAGGAGGGUGGGUUCAGGGUCCGGCUGCCCAGUGUGGGGUUUUCAGAGACGGGGGCUCCAGGUCCCACCCGGAUGGAGGGGGCUCAGGCUGCUGUCGUCUGAAGCCCCUGGCAGAGGAAACUCGCCUCCUGUCCCCCCUCCCUGCCCUCCCUCUGUCUUGUAUGUGAGAUAACCAGCACUAACUCUGAGAGGGUGGGAGGGGGGUGACUGACCAGGGCGGGGCGGCGGGCAUGAGUGCCUGUAUCUCGGCCACACCAUGUGAAUAAAGUAAUCCAGAGGUAGCAAGUGUCUGGUCUCUGUGUGUGUUGUGGGGCGGGGCGGGGAGUGAGGAGGGUGGGGUGCGUGGAACAAAAAGAGCCCCAGAGCCACAUAAACCAGAGACUCCAUCGGCCUGAGACUAGAAGAACUAGAUGGUGCCCGGCUACCACCUGACAAGGAACACAACAGAGUGUCCCUGACGGAGCAGGAGAAAAGUGGGGUGCAGAACUCAAAUUCUAGUAAAAAGACCAGACUUAAUGGUCUAACUGAGACUGGAGGAACCCCAGAAGACAUGGCCCUCGGACUCUCUACUAACCCAGAAUUAAAACCAUUCCUGAAGCCAACUCUUCAGACUUAGACUGGACUAUAAGACAAAAAAUGAUACUCAUGAAGAGAAUGCUUCUUAGUUCCAGUAGAUACACGAGACUAAAUGGGCAGCUCCUGUCCGGAGGCCAGAUGAGAAGGCAGAAGGGGAUAGGAGCUGGCUGAAUGGACAUGGGAAAUCCGGAGUGGAAAGGAGGAAUGUGUGGUCACAUAGGGAGAGCAACUAGGGUCACAUGACAAUGUGUUUAAAUUUUUGUAUGAGAAAGUAACUUCAGCUGUAACCUUUCACUUAAAGCACAAUUAAAAAACAAAAACUAGGUGGCCUUAAAAAAAAAAAAAAAAGAGCCCCGGAGGGAAAGUUUGAGGGGGACUUGAGCCUGGCUGGAGGGGAGCCUUUGGUAUAGGGGGGACAAAGGCCACCCCUGGUCUAAGAAGAUUCAGGGUGACCUUGGGAUAGACUGGGGUGGGAGGCUGGUCUAGCCCUUCAUCAGAGCGCAGCUGUGGGACCCCUCUGUUGGGGAAUCCACAUGUCCUAGGGAACUCAGUCACCCUGGGACAGGCCCCAGGGGCCCUAAGAGCAGAUCGAUACCCACUGUCCUCUUCCCGGCACCUCCCUGCCGCCAAGGGCGCCUUCGUGCAACCUGGCCUUCCACUUCCAGUCUGGCUGGUUUGACUGCCCAUCCCAGGCCCCACCCAGGUAGGCCCCUUGUGCCCCUCUCCAGAACUGUGGGCUCAGAGCCUCCACCCUUGACACCUGGCUGCCUCUUAGGAUUAGGCACCAGGGUCCUUCAGCCCCUGUCAGCGCUGGGCCUCAGCUGCCUCCCCACACCCCAACUAAGGAUCUCAGCUGCUAAGCCCUCACCAGGGCAUCCAGACACCCCCAUGGGUCCCUGCCACACCCCUGACUGGACUAAGAAGGCAUGUUCUCCAGUUCCAAAUCAUCUCUCCCCCACAUCUGUCCUUCCCACUCUCUUCAAAUCUUCUGUCCUCACCCACCGCCCCCCCAUCCCAGAGGAUGAGGCCCCGGCCCUUGAAUCAUCACAGACCCCCCUACUCAGACCUUUCUUUAUGGGGCACACCCCUCCCCAGCCCACCAGCAUUUCGGGGCAUCCUCCCACCACAGCCCAGAUCUGUCAGCAGUGGCCUCUCUGUGGCUAUUCUGGGAGCUCCCUAUCUCCCUGUCCUGCCUUCUCAGGGACCUUCGUCCUGAAAAUUUCCACUUUCUUCUUAAGCUCCUUGGGCCCUCAGGCCCUCCUGGCCCCAUCCACCGUCACACCCUCCCCGGGCUUCCGCUCCUCACCUUUGUGCUGACAACUCCCAAGUCCACGUGGGAUCCGAUGGCCUCCCAAAUGCCUCCGCCAGGAUGUCUCCUGGAAACUAGGAGGUUGUGUGAGCCAAGCUCCGACCCAGACUGCUCGGAGUCAAAGUCUGUCUCUGGCAUCCUGUUGAGUGGCCAUACCCACCCGUCGCCACUGAGUCAAUUCUGACUCAUGGCGACCCCAUGUGUUACAGAGGAGAACUGCUCCACAGGGUUUUCUUGGCUGUAAUCUUCACAGAAGCAGAUCGCCAGGCUCUGGGUGGAUUCAAACCGCCAACCUUUAGGUUAGCUGCUGACUGCACACUGCUUGUGCCUGGGUGACCAUAGGCAUUCUCAAAACUUCUUUGUGCCUCAGUUUUCUCUUCCAUGAAAUGGAACUAUUGAAAUUAGCUACAUGAAAGAGAAGUCUCUGGUUCUUACUAGUAUGUUUGUGAGGAUUAGAUAAUGGUUGUAAAGCACCCAGUAUGUGGUUAAAUGUUUUGGUGUUAAAUUUCCUAAUCUGAUCUCAGCAUCUUCUCUCUCAACCUGUUCCUUGUCCGCCGCCACCCCAUCUCAGAGACCACAAGCCAGAGCUCUGGGCCUCUUCCUGGAUGGCUCCCGCCUUUCUCCCCAACUCAUCAGUCCCGCAGCCUGUCCUCUUGGCCUCCUGAGUGUCUCAUCCACCUCCCUCUUCCUCCCUCCCCAACCUCACCCACCUGAACCCUGCCCCGGCCUCCUUCCCAGCCUCUGGGCCUGCACACUUGCCCCCUGUCUUAGUCAUCUGGUGCUGCUAUAACAGAAGUACCACGAGUUGAUGGCUUUAACAAAGAGAAGUUUAUUCUCUCACAGUUCAGAAGUCCUGAUUCAGGGUGCCAGCUCCAGGGGAAGGCUUUCUCUCUUUGACCUCUGAAGGAAGGUCCUUGUGGUGCAUCAGUCUUCCCUGGGUCUGGGAGCAUCUCAGGGCAGGAACCCCAGGUCCAAAGGACAUGCUCUGCUCUUGGUGGUAUGAGGUCCCCAUGUCUCUCUGCUCGCUUCUCCCUUUUCUACCUCAAAAGAGAUUGGCUUAAGACACUGCCUAAUCUUGUAGGCCUCAUCAAUGUAACUGCCGCUAAUCCAUUUCAUUACAUCAUAGUGAUAGGAUUUACAACACAUAGGGAAAUCACAUAAAAUGGUGGACAAUCACAUAAUACUGGGACUCAUGGCCCAGCUAAGUUGAUAGAUAUUUUGGGGGGACACAAUUCAGCCCAUGACACCCCCUCCAACCCACCCCUUCUUCCCAGAGGAGUUUUUUGACACUCAAAUCUGACCCUCCCCUCCCUUGCUCAAAGCCCUACCAUGGCUCCCCAGUUUCUCAGAAUAAAGCCUAAACUCCUCAGCUGGGGACUCAAGACCUUGUACAACCUGGCCCUGCCCAGCCACAUGGCAGCCACCAACUGUGGCGGGUGUUUUCUAAACAUAGACUUAUACACACAAAUGCUUUCAAGCCUCUGUCCAUGCCAUCCCUGUAGCCAGGAAAGCCUGCCUUUCCUCACUUCUGUCUGUAGGUACAUACCGUACCUGUAUGCCCAAGGUCCACAUUUGUUCAUCUCUCUCAGUCAACCCUUCACCUGUCAGCCUCUCCGGCGUUCCGCUACUGCGUGGGGGAGGGGGCCUGCCUGGUACCCCCCCCCCCCGCCAUUCCAGCCAGGUCUCCAACAACAGAACCAGAGCCACUCAGCAACGCUGGAACUCAUUCAGGGAGGCCUGGCGCCCCUCAUCCCAAGCCAGGUGGGCUUCGGGGGAGGGGUGCAGCCCCUGGCAGACUCGCAGUUUGGCCGAGGGG